AAAAAACGAGAACCAACCAAUCAAAGAGAUAAGAAAUAAACAAAUAAAGUAAUUUAAUCGAUCGCAGAGAAAAUGAUGCAGAUGAAGGAGUACAAGGAAGUGCCACAGGACGUGCCGCAUGAUGAUGCAGUAGUGCGUCAGCCACAGGUAACUGGAAAUCCAGUUGUGAGCGACAGUGUCACUGCUGGCGGUGGCGGGGGAGGAGCCGUUGAGAACUGGAUGUCCAUACCCGUGGGCAUGCCCAACUGCCCGCAAGGCCUUGAGUAUUUAACGGCUUUGGAUCAGUUGCUGAUAUCUCAGAAAAUCGAGAAGCUAGAACUGAUUACCGGAUUCGAGACAAAGAACCGUUUCAAGAUCAAGAACUCAUUGGGCCAGAAUGUAUAUUUUGCCACCGAGGAGAGCGAUUGCUGUACUCGUAAUCUGCUAGGACGAUCUCGACCGUUCGAAAUGAAAAUUUUGGAUAAUUUUCAAAACGAAGUUCUUCAUUUGCAUCGGCCAUUUCGGUGUGACAUUCUGUGCUGUUUUCCCAAUUGUUUGAAUGCAGUAGAAGUGCAGGCUCCGCCAGGACAGGUGAUCGGCACCGUGGAACAGGUGUGCACCUUCAUGAAGCCAAAAUUCAAUAUUAAAAACUCAUUUGGCGAUAUUGUGCUGACCAUCGAAGGGCCCGUCUGUCCAUGCAAAUGCUUCAGUGAUACCAAUUUCAAGGUAUUCAGCGUUAAUAAUGAGCAAAUCGGAAAAAUAUCAAAACAAUGGUCUGGACUGGGACGUGAAUUAUUUACCGAUGCGGACUAUUUUAGCGUCACCUUCCCCCUACAUCUCGAUGUACGCAUGAAAGCCUUAAUUUUUUCAGCACUUUUUCUAAUUGAUGUUGUCUACUACGAGCAAUAAGCUAGUGUUGAAUCCUUUUUUUGAAAUAAUCGCACAGACACCAAUCUCCCACACACACAUACAAACACACUCGUCCCUUUUUAUGUAUGUAUGUAUUUGCCGACUGCUUAGUGUUAGUAAUAUGAAAUAAUUUUGAAUCUCCAACUCAUACCACAAAAUUAUUAUACACUGAAUUCCUGUUUGACCGCAAGUGGAAUUCCCAUUCCCGGAGUUUUCGACGCACAAUGCAUUUCUUUUUAUAGACUGUAUCGUGAUAUAUACAUAUAUUUU